ACGCAUGACACAAUCUGGGUCUCAGCUCACAGAGCCAGACUUGAAGGAACAAACAUACCUUGUAGCAUUCCCUAUCCAAGCACCUUUGCAGUGAAGGCUGUGUUUUUUCUUUUCCAUGGGACCAACCUCAGGUCAUAAACCUGAAGAGGAGAUGAGGUAUGGUACGAGUCUGCUCAUCAUGAUGACGUCACCUUAUCCAGGAACUCAUUCCUCUGCAAAUCCCAAUCCAGGCUGGAGCUGGGCUUCCCCACUGUUAAACCCAGGGGAAUCCGCCCACAGGAUCAAGAGGAGGUGGAGGGUGGAAAGAGAUAUAAAGCUACCCAGGAGCAGCUCAACUUUACUGCCCCAGUUGCACGGAUCUACUCUCAGCAUGAAGAUGCCUCUGGUGGGGCUGCUGCUUGGCCUGGCAUGCAUAGAGUUGGCCCAGUCCUUGCAGUGUUUCACAUGCAAUGAGCCAAUGGACAUUUCUAUGUGCAGAACACCCACUGAAUGUCCCCCGAGAGCCAAGGUGUGCACAACAACUCUGCACUCUGUAGACUUAGGUUACCCAUUUUUUGGCAACGUCACCGUUACAAGAGGCUGCGCAGAGGACUGUGUCACCUAUGAUGGAAUAGGGUCAAGUAGACCAACAUCAUGCUGCUACACCGACCUCUGCUUUGAAGACAGCAGGAGCAGCAAGGGGGAGAGAAGCAGCUCUGCAGCGCUGGGUUUGAUGGCCAUAGUUUUUGGCACGUUCCUCCAGUGUGUUCUGUGAUGUUGAUGGGUAUCUGUGCUCCAGCCAAAGCAUUCUCACUCCUCUCUCUGCCAAGAUACCUUGCGAACUUUGAGAUGCCUUGGGAAAACUUCCUUCACUCAAGUGUGUCUUCACCCAUCUUCAGCGCUGUGAAUUCAACAGGAUUCAAGCCAGGAGUUUGGGCAUUCAGAACUAAAAUCCUCAGAUUUCCAUUUUCCAGAUGAUAUAAACAGAUGUUCUUCACCUGUGGUUUUGUCUGUUCCCCAGAACCCACAUCUCACCUUGCAGCUUUCUUUACUGGGGAGCAGAGGUGGCUCUGAGCAGCAGGAGGGACUGGGCUGUAUCCCCAAGUGACCUCAGUAAGAGCAGGGGCUGUACUCACAUUGGACUCGACACAUCUCCCCAGCUCCCUCACAGUGUACAUCUGUGACAAUAACCUAAUGCAACCCCCCCCCAAAUGCCUGAAACUCUUCAUCAGGAUCUUGCUUUAUUUUCUUUCCACACUGGUUGCUAUCUUCUGAACCAGAUGGAUGUUGGAACCUUCCCAGUACCCAGCAAAGUGCAGUAUGCAAUUGCAGGGAGCUGUCUCUUAAUUCUGUCCAGAAUAAGUUACAGAUUGGGUUCAGAAGGGCUCAGCCUUCAUACACAGAGAUGUAUUUCUGAUAAGCUCAAAAGAUGCUCAGGAUGAAGAACUCAAGGCUAGUUAAAACUGAUAAAAACAAGGAGUUUGGGCAAAACAAACUCCUGUCAGCCUUUUGCCUGAAGUCAGAUUGCAAUCAGAGCCCCUGGCUUUCUCCUUCCAGAUGUUUCACAGAUUGUUUCAAGCAGUUUCUCCUAUUACUCUGCCCUUCCUCAUUCCUUCACAGCAGGAAUGACAGGAAAGGAAAAACAAUGAUUAUUCCAGAUCUCAGCUCUGGGAAAAGUCUCAGUACUGAGGUUGCUCCAAUUCUCCCUUGGAGCAACUGUAAAAUUUGGUUUUGAUGCUUUGACUGCUAUAAAAACAGGAAUGGAAGCAGAACCAAACAAGUUAGGCAUGCCUAGCUUAUAGAUCUUUUUGGAAAGGGAAAGCUAAGGAACAUGCGUUUCUCUCUAGUCUUAUUCCUUGGCUCAUUCAGGGAAUGAAAGAGGCAAAGAGCAGCAUGGGUACAUCCCAUGAACCAUCCUAAUACAUUCAUAAUGUUCCUGCCACAUCCUCUGUGGCAAACUCAGUUUUCAUUCUAUCUCCAUAACAGAUAUCUAGGGGGAAAAAAAAAACCCAUCAUCUAGGAAAAUCUAAGACUAAGAAAGGGGCUUUUUGGAUGGGAACCCAGUGAAUAAAG